AAGUCGUCGUCAAACAUGGACAGACUUCACAUCAUUUUUGUCCUUUUUUUAGGAGGUGAUUGGAUUUCUGGAUCAGUGGUGGAUCUGACAGUGAGAUCUGGAGAAAACAUAACUCUGUAUUGUGACCGUACCACACCAUCUGAGGAAUAUAUUGUGUGGUACAGAAAUUGUACCCAUGAAAAUCAGCCUCCUCUUGUCUUAAAACAAACAAAGGAUUCAUGGAAACCCAUCUGUAACCGAGCAACUUUAGUGAAUUCUCUACCUCGCUUCCACUUUGUAAACAACCAGUCCUCUGGAUCGUAUGACCUGCUGAUUGUGAAUAUUUCUGAUUCUGAUGAGGGCCUCUAUUACUGUGGAACUGAGCAGAAACAGCUAAAGGAUAAAAAGGAUAUUAACCUUGAAUUUGUUCAGAGUUAUGGCAGUGUGGCGACAAGGAUUAAAAUCAACUCCAGUGAUCCACAUUCUUCAACUUUAACUGAUCAAACAUCUCCACAAGAUUGCGGCAUGUGUUGGAAACUGCUCUUCAUCCUGUGUCCAACUUUUGCAGCUCUCUCCUCUCUUCUUGUAUCUCUUCUUGUUCAUUACCUCUGCCAGAAAACAGAAGUCGAUCAACAAAGACCAGAAAUCAGUGGGCAAACAAGAAGAACUCAGGAUGAAGAUGUGCUUUAUGCUACAGUGCAAACACGUCAAGCAACACAGAGAUCAAAGAAGAAGAUAACCUAUAGUUCUGACUUCUGCACCUAUUCUACUGUCAAGACCUCUGGGGUCUAGAUUUUACAUUCAAAAGUGCAUUAUGAAUCAGAAGUGAUUAAGUUUUUUGUUUUUCCAUUUUUCCUCUACCUACCAAGAUUAGUAAUAAUUAAAAUUGUCCAUUUCUUCUUCAGUGAGAUGCUUGUUUUCGAUGAUAUUUAAAGGUAUAUAGCCAGACAUUUUUUGAAGUUAUUUAAUGCAAAAAAUAUUGUUCUUGUAAAUUCCGACAGACUGAUGUAUCA